UUGGAAAAGUUAAGAAUAACGGAAUUAGGUGAAAAACUUGCGGAAGCUUCGAAUGAAAUUAUACGUUCAGCUUCUUUAAUAGAUGUGUUAAAAGCCGAAAACAAGCAGUUAAAAUCUAUUAUUGAAGAAACUCUCGAAGUAGACGACGACUCCAAUGUUAAAAAUGAAUGUGAUGAUGGAAAAGAACGUAAUAUGAUAAAUAAAUUAAAAAUUAAAGUUAAAAAAUUGAUAGAUGCACUUCAGCGUUGUGAGGAGAUGUUGGUUAUCAGAGAAAAGAAGAUAUCUGAGUUGUCAUCGCAGCUCAAUCUCUUGAAAUCCGACGAAGGUGUUAAUGCUUUACUAACGGCUAUUAAAAACAAAAAACAAGAACUGAAAAUCAAAGAUGAAGGUAUAAAAUCUUUAGUAAAAGAUAUAAAUAAACUAAAUAAAAUUGUAAAUGAUCUGCAGAUAGAAAAUGAAUCCAUGAGACGAGAACUGCAUAUAACCUCGGAGGAUAAAGUUCCAACAGAGGGAAUUAUGCAUGAAUAUUAUACUUUAAAGCAAAAGAAAAUGGCUUUGACUAAGGAACUUGCAAAAAUGGAAAACCAACUUGUUGCAGCAGAAAUGGAUAGUCGAGAAAAAGAUGCUAUCAUAUCAAAAUACGCGACAUUGUUACACAAUUUUGGAUUUAGUAACUUGAAGGCCGAUAAAAUAAUCGGACAUGAAAAUGACGAUCGUAAUGAGGCCGAACGGUAUUUACUCAUUUUAUUUAAUAAGGUAUUUGUUGUGAGGUCUCCAUAUAAAGAUUUAGACAAACUUUGUUAUUAUAGAAUAAACAACACCACAUCGGAUUACACAAAUCAAGAAUUAGACGUUCAAAUUCUACUUGAGGAAAAUGAGGGUCUACGGAAAGGACUUCAAGAAAUUUUACAUUUUCUUAAAGACAACAGUGCCAGUUCAUCGGGUGUAUUGAGUUUAGAAUGUCCAAGCUUAGAAGCAGUUUUAGAUUCCUUGGAAGCACGCCAUGCUGCUGGUUGGUUUGCUCCGCAUAUUGCAACCACAAUGCAACUAAAAGCAGCUUUAGGUGGAAAAGAUGCUCUUCUAACUGCGCUUCAUCAGUCCAGAAAGGAGUCAUUUGACUUAAUAACGCAAUUGACAAAGAAAUCUCAAAAGUGUGAAGACUUGAAAAAUAAACUUCUUGAAUUUGAAGUAAAAAAUAAAGAGUCACAAGUAUUAGCUAAAUCGAACGAAUCGAUGAAAAAUAUUGAGAUUGGUGAAUUUAGUUUUUGGAUGCCUGAAGAUGAAGACAAUGAUAUCGAUUUACGCAAUAAAACUCAAAUAGAAAAUGUUAUUUUAAAAAGGAAUUCUGUUUAUGAACGAGAAGUUAAAAAUGCUUUAAAAUAUUUUCGUAACAAAUUUGAAAUGCUUUUUGAUAAAAUGACUGAAAUAGCGACUAGGACAGAAGAUGAUAAAAGUAAAUGGUUAAUUCAAGAAGAAUAUUUAAAAGCCGAAAUCGAAAAUUUAAAGGCGCUAAAAAGCAUUCCUGAAGACGAAGAUGCAAGUGAUAUUUCCCCUGGUUUAGUAACCACUCCUAAAGUUAGUGCUCUAGAAAGGAAAUGUUUUUAUCUCGAAGAAUCCUAUAAAAACAUCAGAACUUCUUAUGAAAAUCUUAAAAAUGAACUGUUAGAAUUUAAAAAAGAUGGAUUAGUAUCUACUGCAAAAUAUGAAUCUCGGAUCCAGAAUUUAAUAUUGCUUAUCAUACGCCUCUCAGACAAACUUCGCUCUUCUAUACCUGAGAACUUAUUUUGGAAACAAAAUAUAAUGCUAAAUGAAAUAAUGACAAAAUAUAACCACUUACUAAAUAAUGAUAUAACGAGAACAGUCCAACCAGUUAAACUUUAUGAGUACUUGGAAGAAAGUAAAAGGAGUGUUAUAGAUACUAUACUAAAACAGCUACAAAAUAUUAAUAAGAACGGAAUUAAGGAUCAAGAAAGUAAUACCGUUGCUAAAGCUGAACACGCUCUUGCUGAAUCGCAAUUGCAAGGGAUUUGCUCGGAGUUAGAAAGCAAAAACGCACAGUUAGCACAAUUAACUAAAUUUAAUAUGGAAUUACAAGAAUUACAAGUAAAAUUAAUAGAUGAAACUUUGGCAUCAGAAACAAAGGAGGAAAUAAAUAUUAUGAAACAAAAUUUAUUGCAUUUAAACAAUGAAAAUAAAGUGCUUAAAGAGCAAUGUAAACAGUUAAAAAACCAACUGGAUAUCACUUUAUCACAGUUGCAAAGUGAUAAUCAGGGGUAUUUGAAUUAUGAAACAGAAAUAAAUAUGCUACGACAUCAAAUACUUGAUCUACAAUCGGUAGGAGAUAACAAAGCAGUUAUUGCACGGUUGGGAAAUGAAAUAUUAAUAGCACAUCUACAAGCAACUGAAUGCCAGAAAAUGGUGGCACACCUCAGACAAUCUUUAAUCAGAGAGAAAGAAUUACGAGCAGAAACGGAAGAUUCAAUGAAAGCUCAACAAAGAGUGUUUGAUAUGUACACUAUAAAAUACGAAAGCAAAUUCAGAUACAUGUUUGAAAUUAUACAAACAUUGAGACUACAAUAUCACGGCUGUAUACCAUUAACGUCAGCCGAAACUUAUUUGAAUAAUUUACAGGAACUUUCUAAGGCAACCGUUACUAUGACUGAAAAAUCAAAUGAAAUUGAAAAUUUACGAUUUAGCCUAAUCGCGAAACAUAGUGUCUAUGAUCAAAUAUUAGAACUAACAAAAUCUGAAUCUUGUGAAGAUACAGAAAGAUGUCGGCAUAAACUGCAAUUAGUUGUAUCGCAAGGUAUAUCCGCAAGAGAACUGGAACAUUCUAAUAUAAAGCUACAGGCUUUAGAAAAAGUACGCGAAAAAUUAUUAGAGCGAUGUAAUUAUCUAGAAACAACAUUAGUUAUGGUAAACCAAGAUUUAAGAAAUGACGUUAUCAGUAAAGAUAUCAUAAAAAAUUCAGUUUACCAUAUAACCACGGACAAUAAUAACAUUGAAGUACAAAAUAUUGAAUCUGAUGAUGAAUUAAUAUCUAGCGAAAGCGGAACGUUUACUUUGCCUAAACCUCAUACAACUCAAUUACAAAAUCAAAUUAUUUUACAAGAAAAAUACCCCAUCGCAAAUUUUAAUAACAAACCAGACCAAGUUCAGCAGCCAGAUAGUCCAAAGCAUGUAAGUAUAAUGACACAGACAAACUUAGUAUUUACUCAAAGAAGUGAUAAACAUAUUCAAACAGACAAAGAUUAUAAUUUAAGUGAAUUAAAACUUCGUAUAGAAAAAUUGGAAAUCAGAAAUAAAGAGAAAGACCAGAAACUUAUCGAGCAUUUAUGUGUGUCAGAGGAACGAGCAAGAAAUAUCGAAUUACUUAAGGAGGAAAAAAAUGUCUUAGAGGAAAAAUAUCAAAGUCUUACUCAAAACAAUUUAAAGUUAAAUAAAUUGAAUGAACAAUUAAAUAAAACUACUGAAUUACUUAAAAUAGAACUUGAUGAAGUUAAAAGGGCUCAUUCUGAACAAUUGAAUAAAAUAAAGAAAGAAUUGAACGAAGAGAAUCAAUCACUUUUACUUAACAUAAAGCAAAUUGAAAAUGACAAAAACAACAUAAUAGCGGACUAUAAACAAUUAUUAGAAAACGAAAGAAAUCAAUGUUACACAACAGCAAAGGAGUUACAGUCAAAAUUAACAACAUUACAAGCUGAUUUGGACGGAAAAGCAACUGCCACCAACGCUGCAAAUGCGGAAAUUAUUAAGAAAAAUACACUUAAAUACACUAUUAAGAACGCAGAACUUGAAGAUAAAUGUUUUAAAUUACAAAACAGAGUAGAAGAAUAUAAAACAGAAGUGACCUAUUGCCAAAGUGAGUUAAAACGUUGGAAGGAAUUAGCUUCAGAGAGACUAGAAAAAAUGGAACAGAUGAGUAUGCAACUAAAGGAACGUCAUAAUCAGGAGGUUGAAUCCUACAAAGCAGAAAAUCAGCAUUGGUUGGUGCAGCUGAAUGAAACGCAACGUGAACAUAUGGAUUUGCGUUCGCAAUUAAUGGAACAGAAAGCUUUGCACGUUAAACAGCUAUCAGAAAAAGAUGCACAGAUAGAACAACUGCGAUCUGUUGUGCAUAACUUAAAAACGCAAAUAAUGAAUAUGCAGAUGAUAUUAUCAGUGAAUGAUCCUAGUUUCGACCUAUCCGCAAUCGUUGAAGUAGAAGAAGCAAGUGACGUCUCUCAGCAGGGUUCUGAGCGUUUGGAAUUGAAGUUUGAUUCCACGGUUGAUUUGCAUGAAAUGCAUGAUGAUUUUAUGAGAAUGCCUGCCACAUCCACUACUAUAUGGCAAGAACCCGUAAUUGAACGUUUGCGCCGUGAAAAACAACUGCUCAGUAAACAAAACGGCAUAUUGCGCCGACAGAUCAAGGCGAUCGCUGCCAGGGAACGAAGAGCGCGCCUCGAUGCUCAGAAUCUUAAGAAUCAAAUAUUUCGAAUUAGCACAUCUGGAAGCAAAGGAGUGACAGCGGAAUCAGCAGCACUUCACAAUAAAAUUGCCUCUCUCCAGGCACAGCUGACGAAUGCACGACGUGAUACACAUUCUUCCGUAGCGCUAUGGGAUAAAUGGAAAAGAGCUCAACAAACUUCAGAACGUUGGCAAGCACGAUACGAAGAGAAAUGUCAAGAGGUUACUAAAUUAGAAGCCAGCUUGAACCUAGCCAAGUCUGCUGUUACAAGGCUUGAGAAAGAAAAACGCGUAUUGUUAUCGCGGCUCGCUGAACUAAAAAAUGAAAAGCAGUUAGUGAUAGAAAAGCAAGACGGCGAAGCGUCUGAGAAGCGCGAGCUUACCCGCAGUGAAUGUGAUUACAUUGAGAUGCAAACCGUGCCCGUGUCCACUCGGGCCUUACUCGAGCGGAUAGAAGCUCAACAGAGACGCAUUGUAGCACUCGAAGUGGCUGAAAAGGGCAACGAACCACUCGUCUCAGAGUAUGAGAAAGCUCUGGCUGAGAAUACAUCACUUAAGGGUCAAAUUCUUAAGCUUGAGUCCACCUUACUGGAAACGCAAAUAAAAUCGCCUCUCAAGACCACACAGGAGGCCAAACCAGAACUCGAAUACUGGAGAAGUUACUGCAAUAUGCUCAAAGAGGAAAACGCACAACUAACACUGCGCGUAACAUCUCUCGAGAGCGCACCGGCAACGCCGCAUCAGCAUCGUGUCAAUGAUCUCGAACAGACUGUUCUGACUCUCAGAGGGUUAGUCAGCAAAUUACAAGCCGAACAAAAGUCAUCAGCAACAAACAUGCAAAAACGAGUCGAUUCCAGACCAAGUAGCGGUCGCAGUGCACCAGAAAAGACACGAAGUCAGUUGGAGUCAUGUAAAACGGAAAUAUCAAAUCUAAAGAGGAGUAUACAAGAAAAAGACGCUCUUCUUGAAAGAUCCAAAGAUAUGCUGAGAAUCGCAGCUGAAAGAGAAGAUGAGCUAUUAAGAGAAAACGCAUUUUUACGGCGACAAUUGGAUGAGCUUGCCGACGACAAAAGGGGUACCCUAUCGGUGUAA